UUACAAAGUGCACUUCGUAACAAAAUAAUAAAUUAAAGUUUUUGAAAAGUAUUGUUAUAAUUUCACAAAGAAGGGUAGAUAUAUUGCAUUAUUAUAACGUGAAUACCUACUAAAUAAACACAUUGUUUAUUCUUUCAAACUUUUCACAGCAUGGGUCUAAGUAGGUUAUAUACCACGAAGUUAGAUCGUAAAAAUAUGAGCGAUAACUUUAAUUCGUUGCUAUAGAAACAUUAUGAAAAGAAGUAAUUGUUUGAUCGAAGUCUGUGAAGAUUUUGAUAGCUUCUCGAAACGUAUUAAAACUAGCUUUAUCGAAGGUAAUAAUUCGAAGAUGUUCAGGAAUACGAUUUGGUAUCGCUCCCUGCUCGAUGCAGAGAAGUCGUGUCUUAAAGAGGAUAAGUUAAAAAAGAUUCAUUAUAAGUUUCAAGAUGACAAAGAGAUGGUGGAAGAGUAUAAUGUAGACACGCAGGUGUUGUUGCGUCGGGCUUGGAAAGUAAAGGGAAAGCUUGGGGGAGAAGGGAAAUGGGAUGUGGAAAUUGGAGAUCCCAUACCUGAUGCUACUCCUCAUAUUGAAGGAAUUGGUGCUGAUUUCAUGGAGAGUAAGGAUCAGCCUAUAUUAACAAGACGUAAUACAAGAAUAAACUUAGAAUGGAGAAUCAGAAACUUGCCAUACCCUAUUGAAACAUAUUCUGUUAGUGCCAACAAUGAUGAAAGAUGCAUUGUUAUCCGGACCACCAAUAAGAAGUACUUCAAAAGACUACAAGUGCCUGAACUGGACAGACUGAACUUACCCAUAGAACAAGCAAAUAUACAAUGCAGUCAUUCAUUCAAUACAUUGAUUAUUGCAUAUAAAAAACCUCAGCAGUUGUUGGAUAUGGAUAAAGAGUGGUAUCUAGAGCUGAACAAAGUGAAGCCCAUCAAAGAUAUCCCAAAUGAUUGCAAAACACAAUAAAACUUUAAUAUUAUAAUAUUUGAUAAUAUAUUAUCUA